GUGAUUGAGUUAUAAUCUAUCUGGUCGGCGCGGGUACUGGUAUCCACGUCAGCUGGUUGGUGAAAUUCUCAGCUGUGGAACAGAACACAACUCAACAAAAGUACCAAACUUUUCAUAUCCGUACCACCUUCUUCAAUCCCAACAAUUUCUCUCUAAACAAAAUUUCAGAUAAAAGUUAUAUUUGCAUGUAUGUAUAUAUUCUAACAUGUAUAUGUAUGAAUGCAUGUGUGUUUAUAAUUUCAGGGUUAUAACUUGAGCGAAGUUAGAAAGAAAGUGUUUGUUUGGUUGCAGCUGGAAUCGGCGGAGUUUGAGCUUUUGACACACCUCAACCAAUGUCUUUGUUGCGCAAAUUCUUUUUUAGGAAACCGCCCGAUGGCUUGAUCGAGUUGUGCGACCGAGUUUACGUUUUCGAUUGUUGCUUCAGUACUGAGGCUUUGGAUGAAGAGAGCUACAAGGCUUACACUGGGAAUAUAUUUAAUCGGUUUCGAGAUUUCUUGCCUGAUGCUUCGUUCUUGGUGUUUAAUUUUCGCGAGGGAGAGACACAAAGUGAGAUGGCUAAGGUUUUGUCUGAGUAUGAUAUUACCAUAAUGGACUACCCUCGGCAGUUUGAGGGUUGCCCAGUUCUCAAAAUGGAGUUGGUUCAUCAUUUUCUGAGAUCAAGUGAGAGUUGGCUUUCACUUGGGCAACAAAAUGUGCUUUUAAUGCAUUGUGAGCGAGGUGGUUGGCCUGUUCUGGCUUUUAUGUUGGCUGCAUUGUUGAUUUACAGGAAGCAGUAUAGUGGGGAACAGAGGACGCUGGAUAUGGUCUACAAGCUGGCUCCCAAUGAGCUCUUACAUUUACUGUCUUCACUAACUCCAUUCCCUUCUCAGCUUCGGUAUCUGCAGUAUGUCUCGAGGAGGGAUAUAGUAGCCUCAGAAUGGCCUCCACAUGACAGGGCACUGAGGUUGGACUGCAUCAUGCUAAGGUUCAUUCCCGAUUUUGAUGGGAAUGGAGGUUGCCGACCUUUAUUUCGGAUAUAUGGACAGGACCCAGUUGCUGGUGCAGAUCAAGCUCCCAAAGUAUUGCACUCAACUCCAAUAAGAAACAAACCCAUUCGCACUUACAAGCAGGCAGAAUGCGAACUGGUUAAAAUUGACAUCAAUUGCCUUGUUCAAGGCGAUGUUGUGGUUGAGUGUGUUAGCAUGAAUGAUGACAUGCAGUGGGAAGAUAUGAUGUUCAGAUUCAUGUUUAAUACUGCUUUUAUUAGGUCCAAUAUUUUGAUACUUAAUCCUGAUGAAGUUGACAUGUUGUGGGAUGCUAGGGAUAAAUUUCCGAAGGAUUUUAGAGCAGAGAUUCUUUUCUCUGAGAUGGAUGCUGCAACUUCAAUCAUUAGACGUAGUGUCUCAUUAUUCGAGGAAAAGGAGGGUCUUCCUGAAGAGGCAUUUGCUAAAGUUCAAGAGAUGUUUAGUCACGUGGACUGGUUAGAUCUGAGGGCUGAUGCUGCCUUGAAUGCUCUCCAACAAAUGAGUGCAUCCCAUAUUGUCCAUGAAAAGUCUGAUAAUGAUUCUCAUACGAGUGCUGAAUCUGGUGUUUUGCAGCAGUUUCAGAAAACAAGUCCAAAAGAUGAUCAAAAGAAAAAGGAUUUCACCAAGUCAGAUAGUGCCUUACCUGAAACUCUAGAGGUCACUAGUCCAAUGACUGCCUCUCUAGCUGUCUCAAACUCCACUGUUGGUAUUUCACCUAGAGCUUUGAGUUCCAAAAGUAUUUUGCUUGCACCAUUGACACCUUGCAAGCCUAAGCCUCUACAACCUCACUUGAUUGGUAAUACUAUAGCAUCUUCUCCUUCACAGUCACCUCCACCUCCACCUCCAUUGCAACAUUAUCACAUUUCAACUUCAGAACUUGAAAAGUCCUCACCAAAAAAAGGGACUGCAACCUUUUCACAAGAUGAAGCUCAAACAUCAAUAACAAGCUCCCCAACUACUCCAAGAACUCCAGUCUCAAGUACCAUUUUUGGAAAUAUUUCAUCUAGUCUGCCCUCUUCUCUUACAAUUGAUGCAAUUAAUUCUUCAACUCAGCCUUGUAAAACUCCAUCUAGAACACCCCCACCGCCCCCACCACCUCCAAUCAUUCCUUCUCCUCCUACACCAUCUUUAAGGGAAAACCUUCAUGUUAGAGCUAGACCUCCUCCUCCUCCACCACCACCACCACCACCCCCUCCUCCCACAGUUAAUGCAACUUUAUCAACUCAGUCUACUCAAACUCCAUGUAGAAUGGCUCCACCACCUCCACCACCUCCCCCUCCUCCUACACCACCUUUAAGGGAAAGUACUUCUAUUGGAGCUAGAACUUCACCACCACCACCACCACCACCUCCUCCUCUUCAUCCUGGGCAUGUUGUGGUCCCUCGAAACCCUUCUUCAGUGCCACCACCACCUCCCCCUGCUCCCUUCCUCUCAUCGAAACAGUCAAAGUCCACUUCACAGACCUCUUUAUCUGUUCCUUCAGUCCCCCCACCACCAGCUCCCUUCCUUGGUAAGACAAAUAGUUCCUCCAAUAGUGGAAAAGGACGAUUGUUACGUACCAUCAGUUCAAAAUCCAAUAAAAAAUUGAAACCAUUGCAUUGGAUGAAAAUAACAAGAGCAACACAAGGAAGUUUGUGGGCUGAGGCACAGAAAUAUGGUGAAACUACAAUAGCUCCAGAGAUUGACAUGUCAGAGCUUGAAAGUCUUUUCUCAGCAGCACUUCCAAAUUUAGCAAGUGGGAGGAAAUCAAUGAAGCGUGGUUCAAUUGGAUCUAAACCUGAGAAAGUGCAACUGAUUGAGCACAGACGAGCAUACAAUUGUGAGAUUAUGCUUUCAAAGGUGAAAGUUCCAUUGCACGUGUUGAUGAAUUCAGUGCUUUCCCUGGAAGAUUCAGCUUUAGAUGUUGAUCAGGUUGAGAACCUCAUUAAGUAUUGUCCAACAAAAGAAGAGAUGGAACUUCUCAGGGCCUACACUGGAGAAAAGGAGAAGUUAGGGAGAUGUGAACAGUUCUUCUUAGAAUUGAUGCAAGUACCGCGUGUAGAAUCUAAACUCAGAGUAUAUUCGUUUAAGAUACAGUUCCGCUCUCAGGUUUCUGACCUUCGCAAUAGCCUCAAUAUUGUGAACUCUGCAACAGAAGAGAUCAGAAGCUCAAAUAAAUUGAAAAGAAUAAUGCAGACAAUUCUUUCACUAGGAAAUGCUCUGAAUCAGGGAACUGCUCGUGGGUCUGCUAUUGGAUUUAAGCUGGAUAGCCUUCUCAAACUCACUGAGACUCGUGCGCGGAACAACAAGAUGACUCUCAUGCACUAUCUUUGCAAGGUACUGGCUGACAAACUACCUGAAGUUCUAGAUUUUUCUAAAGAUCUUGGCAGCUUGGAACCUGCAUCAAAGAUACAAUUAAAAAAUUUGGCCGAAGAAAUGCAAGCCAUAAGCAAGGGAUUGGAGAAAGUUGUUCAGGAAUUGUCCACAGCAGAUAAUGAUAGUCUUGUACUGGAAUUUUUUUGUAAGACUUUGAAAGAGUUUCUUCAAAAUGCUGAAGCUGAAGUGAGAUCUUUAGCUUCAUUGUAUUCUGCCGUGGGUAGAAAUGUGGAUGCCUUGAUUCUUUAUUUCGGAGAAGAUCUUGCUCGGUGCUCAUACGAACAAGUUGUUUCCACUUUGCUCAACUUCACAAGAAUGUUCAGCCAAGCCCACCGGGAAAACUGCAAGCAUCUCGAGCUAGAAGCGAAGAAAGCUGCAGAAAGCAAAAAAAUAAAGAUUGUUGAUUCGCAUAAAAGGUCUGAAGAGUAUGUCAAUGUAUGAUCCAAUAUGCAUGGAAUGGAAACUUCAAACAAUCGACUCGCUGCAAAGACUGUUCUUUGUUAAAUUUUGAAGAGAAAAUGUACAUUUGUCUGAGUAAAUGGAUUCUUUUUCGCUAAAAGCGUUGAAGGCGUUAGGCAAAUAGCCUACGGCAACACUAAGCCGGCCAUCUAAGAGGUAACUAACAAACCUACCACACCAAGUUCAUAUUCAUUGCUGAUACACAAAAUUAAAUCCACACACACCAACACAAAUUCAUUGUUGUAAGUACGAAUAAAAGAGCGAAAAUUUUGGUACCAGUUUCUGCAGAUUUCAUUUGAUCCAACUUAUAGAGUUACUUUUUUGGUGGGCAGUAAAUAUAUCUUUACUAGUUGUUUGUGUAUAUUUUAUGGUCCAGUGUAAGACACAAAUGCAGAUAUAUAGCAUUUUAUUUGCAGUGAAA